UGGUAGUUACGCUCAUUGUUAAUGCUCGAUCAGUGGGACCCUCUCUCUCUACAUACAGCUAUUACUGCAAUAGUCCCCACUCACUCACUUUUGAACCUUCUUCAAAAGUGAUCUGAUGAUACUAUUAUGCUAGUUUUUCUUCUUCAAAUGCAUACAUUUACCUUUUCAUUCUUUCUUUGAAUGCUUUACCUUUUCUACUACUGAAUUUGAGGGUAUAAAGAAGCUGAAAAUGUUGUUUCUGUUCAUUCUUCUUCUUUGUGCUCGUGAAUCCCAUAGUAGUAGAGUCGAGCAUGCUGAAGGUCCCGUUCAACUGGAUAACCAUGUGGGCUCCAUGUUCCCCAAGAUCGCGCCACUUGGUGCUCCACAAGGACCGCAACCCUUUCUUCCUCUUCUUGCGCCGUCACCAAUGACUCCAUUCACCAAUAUCUCUAUCCCAAAGUUAUCAGGACUCUGCAGUUUGAACUUCACUAAUGCUAAAAGUUUGCUAAGUGUGACAGCAAUUGAUUGCUGGGGAUUUUUUGCACCUUUUGUGGCUAAUAUAAUGUGCUGUCCCCAAUUGGAAGCCACUGUCACAGUUCUCAUCGGUCAAUCCAGCAAACAUACCAAUGCACUUGCCUUAAAUGGGACUGUUGCUAAACAUUGCCUUUCAGACGUGGAGCAGAUUUUGAUGGGGCAGGGUGCAAGUGGUGAUCUGAGGCAAAUAUGUUCAAUUAGUUCUUCGAAUCUCACAGAGGCAUCUUGCCCGGUAAAACAUGUGAAUGAAUUUAAUGACAUGGUGGAUACUUCUAAGCUGCUUCUUGCUUGUGCGGACAUUGAUCCAGUGAAAGAAUGCUGCUACCAAGUUUGUCACAAUGCUAUAUUAGAAGCAGCUACAGCAAUUGCAUCAAAAGGUUCUCAUGUUUUGGACUUAGAUGCAUCACAUGAUCUGCCUGAGCAUUCAAUUCGGGUUAAUGAUUGUAGAAAUAUAGUACUCCGGUGGAUAGCUAGUAAGCUUGACCCGUCUCAUGGCAAGAAAGUUCUCAGAGGACUGUCUAAUUGCAAUAUGAAUAAAGUUUGUCCACUUGUUUUGCCUGACGCGAAGCAAGUUGCCAAGAGUUGCGGCAGUGGGAUAAGUAACAGAACAGCGUGCUGUAAUGCGAUGGAGAGCUAUGUGUCUCACUUGCAGAAGCAGAGCUUCAUCACAAACUUGCAAGCUUUGGAUUGUGCAGAAACUUUGGCAAUGAAAUUAAAAAAGUCAAAUGUCGCUGAUGAUGUUUAUAGUCUUUGUCACAUAAGCCUUAAGGAUUUUUCCCUACAAGUUGCAACUCAAGAGUAUGGUUGUCUAUUGCCUAGCUUGCCUUCAGAUGCUAUCUUUGACAGUACUUCUGGUGUUACCUUCCUUUGUGAUCUAAAUGACAAUAUUCCAGCUCCCUGGCCUUCUACAUCUCAACUAGCUUCUAAAUCAUGCAAUAAAUCUGUCAACAUCCCCGCUCUUCCUGCAGCAGCAUCUGGUCAAAGUUGUCUCUACAGUCGUCACGUGCUCAUAUUCCUUCUUGUCAAUUUAUUCUUUCUCGCCAUGGCACUCGUGUAAUUUAUGAGAGCAUCCUUGUUAGUUAGAUGCAGCUUUCCUAGUCCUUCAACGAUAAGGGCUUUUGGAUGGGUGUUGAUGUCAAAGAUUAAUUAUAUUCAAAUGUAGCCGGUUUUAUGACAAAGAGAUCUCAAAUUGGAGGUGAACCCCACUAUGUUUCUGAUCUUAUUGAUUAAUGAUUAUUGUGUGCUUUGUGUAAUAAUUUUUUUGUAUAUAAGAAAUUUAGAAAGCAUAGGUUAUACAAUAACCUGUCAAGAUUGAGAUGUAUACCUGAAUUGAUGUUGAAGGUGGUUUUGUAAUUAGUGGUUAGUUUUGUUCUGUAUUGUUUAAUGAAUUUACUUUUGGAUAUACAAA